AUGUGGACAGAUCCCCCCGAGGCAAUCGAAGCUGAGCUCGCAUGGCACCCCAGGCCUAGAAUUCUCGCGUACCGUUGGCUCAUGAGAGCCUGCCAGCCCUUGCAGUUCACACCCCUGCGGGUCUCACCCACAAUCCCAGCCGCUACUCAACCGCCCGACAACGUGUCUGCAGAGUCGACCCAACCGCCCACCGAACUGUCCGCCGAGCCGAUGGCUUUGAUCCCCGCCACUGCCCAACCGCCCGUCAACUCGUCUGUAGAGUCGACGGCUUCAAUCUCAGCAGCUGCCCAACCGGCCGCCAACCUGUCCCCGAAGGCCUUGCAAACUGUGCAGGAGUUCCUUCAGCUCUAUGACAGGAGCAUCCCGAUCAAGCUCAAUUCGCCUGGGAUAGAUGCGUCCGAGCAUCUGCCAGCGAGACAAGUCUUGAAGCCCUUCGACGACAAGGGCUCUGAGUGGAUGUCCGCUGAAGCGCUUGACUUUUGCUUCGGGCGCCUGCAACAAGCAAACAUUACCUCGCAAAACGGGGUCAAAGUCACCUUUUGGGUAUGA